AGCCAAGGAGGGCAGGCGGCGGGCGGGUGGCCGGGCUACCCGUCUCGCUGUCGGCUUUGCGCCGCCAGCCCACGCCGCAGUGUGUUUUGUGGACGGCGCCUUUCCAGACAGCCCACUAGAGCCCAGCUCAGCGCCUGGCAGCCUUCGACGCGAUGUUCCGCCGGAGCUUUAAUCGUUUUUGUGCUGGAGAAGAGAAACGAGUUGGUACACGUACAGUGUUUGUUGGCAGUCAUCCAGUUUUGGAAACAGAAGCUUACAUUGCACAAAGAUUUUGUGAUAAUAGAAUAGUCUCAUCUAAGUAUACACUUUGGAAUUUCCUCCCAAAGAAUCUAUUUGAACAGUUUAGAAGAAUUGCAAAUUUUUAUUUUCUCAUCAUUUUCCUUGUACAGGUUAUAGUAGACACACCAACUAGCCCAGUUACCAGUGGACUUCCACUUUUCUUUGUUAUAACUGUUACAGCCAUCAAGCAGGGAUAUGAGGAUUGGCUGAGACACAGAGCUGACAAUGAAGUCAACAAGAGCACGGUUUACAUUAUUGAAAAUGCAAAUCGAGUAAGAAAAGAAAGUGAAAAAAUCAAGGUUGGUGAUGUAGUGGAAGUACAGGCUGAUGAAACCUUUCCCUGUGAUCUUAUUCUUCUAUCAUCUUGCACCACUGAUGGAACCUGUUAUGUCACUACAGCCAGUCUUGAUGGGGAAUCCAAUUGUAAGACACAUUAUGCAGUACGUGACACCAUUGCACUGUGUACAGCUGAAUCCAUUGAUACCCUUCGAGCAACAAUUGAAUGUGAACAGCCUCAACCUGACCUCUACAAGUUUGUUGGGCGAAUCAAUAUCUAUAGUAAUAGUCUUGAAGCUGUUGCCAGGUCUUUGGGACCUGAAAAUCUCUUGCUGAAAGGAGCUACACUAAAAAAUACUAAGAAGAUAUAUGGAGUUGCUGUUUACACUGGAAUGGAAACCAAAAUGGCUUUAAACUACCAAGGGAAAUCUCAGAAACGUUCUGCUGUUGAAAAAUCUAUUAAUGCCUUCCUGAUUGUGUAUUUAUUUAUCUUACUGACCAAAGCUGCAGUAUGCACUACUCUAAAGUACGUUUGGCAAAGUACUCCACAUAAUGAUGAACCUUGGUAUAACCAAAAGACUCAGAAAGAGCGGGAGACUUUGAAGGUUUUGAAAAUGUUCACCGACUUCCUAUCAUUUAUGGUUCUAUUCAACUUUAUCAUUCCUGUCUCCAUGUACGUCACAGUAGAAAUGCAGAAAUUCUUGGGCUCCUUCUUCAUCUCAUGGGAUAAGGACUUUUAUGAUGAAGAAAUUAAUGAAGGAGCCCUGGUGAACACGUCAGAUCUUAAUGAAGAACUUGGUCAGGUGGAUUAUGUUUUUACAGAUAAGACUGGAACACUCACUGAAAACAGCAUGGAAUUCAUUGAAUGUUGCAUAGAUGGGCACAAAUAUAAAGGUGUAACUCAGGAGGUUGAUGGAUUAUCUCAAACUGAUGGACCUUUAACGUAUUUUGACAAAGCAGAUAAGAAUCGAGAAGAACUCUUUCUGCGUGCUUUGUGUUUAUGUCAUACUGUGGAAAUUAAAAUUAAUGAUGCUGUUGAUGGAGCUACAGAAUCAGCUGAAUUAACCUACAUCUCCUCUUCACCAGAUGAAAUAGCUUUGGUGAAAGGAGCUAAAAAGUACGGGUUCACAUUUUUAGGAAAUCGGAAUGGACAUAUGAUAGUAGAGAACCAAAGAAAAGAAAUAGAAGAGUAUGAACUUCUUCACACCUUAAACUUUGAUUCUGUCCGCCGACGUAUGAGUGUAAUUGUGAAGACUCAAGAAGGAGACAUACUUCUCUUUUGUAAAGGAGCAGACUCCUCAGUUUUCCCCAGGGUGCAAAAUCAUGAAAUUGAGUUAACUAAAGUCCAUGUGGAACGUAAUGCAAUGGAUGGGUACCGGACACUUUGUGUAGCCUUUAAAGAAAUCGCUCUGGAUGAUUAUGAAAUAAUUAACAGGCAGCUUAUAGAGGCAAAAAUGUCCUUACAAGACAGAGAAGAAAAAAUGGAAAAGAUUUUUGAUGAUAUUGAGACAAACAUGAAUUUAAUUGGAGCCACUGCAGUGGAAGACAAGCUACAAGAUCAAGCUGCGGAGACCAUUGAAGCUCUACAUGCAGCAGGCCUAAAAGUCUGGGUGCUUACUGGAGACAAGAUGGAGACAGCAAAAUCCACGUGCUAUGCCUGCCGCCUUUUCCAAACCAACACUGAGCUCUUGGAACUAACCACAAAAACUAUUGAAGAAAGUGAAAGGAAGGAAGAUCGAUUACAUGAAUUGUUGACAGAAUAUCGUAAGAAGUUGCUGCAUGAAUUUCCUAAAAGUACUAGAAGCCUUAAAAAAGCAUGGACAGAACAUCAGGAAUAUGGAUUAAUCAUCGAUGGCUCCACAUUGUCACUCAUACUAAAUUCUAGCCAAGACUCUAGUUCAAACAAUUACAAAAACAUUUUCCUACAAAUUUGUAUGAAGUGUACUGCAGUGCUCUGCUGCCGGAUGGCGCCAUUACAGAAAGCCCAGAUUGUCAGAAUGGUGAAGAAUUUAAAAGGCAGCCCAAUAACUCUGUCGAUAGGUGAUGGUGCCAAUGAUGUUAGUAUGAUCUUGGAAUCCCAUGUGGGAAUAGGUGUUAAAGGCAAAGAAGGUCGCCAAGCAGCCAGGAAUAGCGAUUAUUCUGUUCCAAAGUUUAAACAUUUAAAGAAAUUGCUUUUGGCUCAUGGACAUCUAUAUUAUGUGAGAAUAGCACACCUUGUACAGUAUUUCUUCUAUAAGAACCUUUGUUUCAUUUUGCCACAGUUUUUGUACCAGUUCUUCUGUGGAUUCUCACAACAGCCACUGUAUGAUGCUGCUUACCUUACAAUGUACAAUAUCUGCUUCACAUCGCUGCCCAUCCUGGCCUACAGUCUACUGGAGCAGCAUGUCAACAUUGACACUCUGACCUCAGACCCCCGAUUAUAUAUGAAAAUUUCUGGCAAUGCCAUGCUACAGUUGGGACCCUUCUUAUAUUGGACAUUUCUGUCUGCCUUUCAAGGGACAGUAUUCUUCUUUGGGACAUAUUUUCUUUUUCAGACUGCAUCCCUAGAAGAAAAUGGAAAGGUAUAUGGAAACUGGACAUUUGGAACCAUUGUUUUUACAGUCUUAGUAUUCACUGUAACUCUGAAGCUCGCCUUGGAUACUCGUUUCUGGACAUGGAUAAAUCACUUUGUGAUUUGGGGUUCUUUAGCCUUUUAUGUAUUUUUCUCAUUCUUCUGGGGAGGAAUUAUUUGGCCUUUUCUCAAGCAACAGAGAAUGUAUUUCGUAUUUGCUCAAAUGCUAUCUUCUGUAUCCACGUGGUUGGCCGUAAUUCUUCUAAUAUUUAUCAGCCUUUUCCCUGAGAUUCUCCUGAUAGUAUUAAAGAAUGUAAGAAGAAGUGCCAGAGUAACGAAACGCCUCCCUUCCUCAGGAACAUCUACUAUCUUCAUGCUUUCUCAAACUUCCAGCAAUCACAGUUUCUCUUGGAGUGAAUAAGAAUCCGAAUCUUGAACUGCCUAUGUUAUUGUUCUACAAGCAUAUUGACAGUGGUUACAGCUAAAAAAGAAAGCAUGAAGAAAACUACAAAAUGUUAUCUCAGGAUACUCGAAUAUGCAACAAACUAAACCACUCUCAUGUCUAGGGUUCAGAAUAAAUGUUUGUUAAAAUACCAAGUGAUUCCCAUAAAUAUUUAUAAUUAUUGUAAGUAGCCUUUAUGGCCGAAGCUGUAAGUUAAGAAUUAUAUGAAAGUUGAAAGCAAGAAUACUUAUAAUUCUGGUUUUAGACAGGAUAAUAUAACUACCAAAUGGGUGCUCUUUUAACCCAUGAACUUUGUGAAUGGAUUUAAAUACAGUAGUAUAAAGUAGAAGUUAUGCAAUGAGAAUGAAUAGAUUUUGCUAAUAUUACUUUUUUGCCUGGCAGAAGAAAUAGGCUGUUUGGAUCGCAUUUCUCAUUUCUGCUGAACAAUCAUCUUAAAUUAUUUUUUCAUACAUGUGUAAGGAAUACUUGAAAAUACAGAAGGACUAAAUGGCAUCAGUGAAUCAGAGUAGUCAAUCCUUUCUGUUCACCUACACGCAAAGUGUCUUGGUAGAAUAUCCUUGCCAAAAAAUACCUUGAACACUUACGUGGAAAGUAUUAACUCCAGGUAUUUUUGUGGGAGUGAAAAAUAUUUGUUUAUUUUUGUUCUUCUGAAUUAAUCCCCACUUGUAGGUAUAAGGCUACUAGACUUGAAAAUAAAGUGUCAAACAUUUCCAAUCACAAGACAGCCCCUCAAAAUAGUUAGGUAACGAACCGAUUUUUCCGAAGUCAGUUUUACUGGAUAUAGGUAAGGUGGGUCAAACCAUAGUUACACAAAAAUAAAGGCCAAUCUGAAUAUCAACCUUUUAUAACUUUAUGUAGAAAGGAAGGAAGAAUAGCUUAUUUUAAACUGUUAACGGUUUUUAUUUGAAAACGGUUGCAUUUAUGCAUAUAUUUGGCACUUUUUUUUUUUUUAAACUUCCCAAUUUGGGAAGAGGAGGGAUCCAUCCCAAAAUGGUGGUUUAGCCUGUAGAGCCAUGACUCUAUGAUCAUGAAUGUUGUUGUCUCUUGUAGCUAAGUUGAGCCAGGGCAAUGGUCUAACUCUAAACCAUGAGAUUGACCUUGGUAAAGUCCUUGGAUUACUGGACUAAAAGGAGGUUUUAGCCUCCUAAUGAGUUCACUUAAAAUAUAAAAUAAAUGUGAAAUGUAUUUAUUCAGUGUUAAAAUUAUACACUUUUUUGGAUAUAUAAAUAACCAUAUUUGACUGCUACAUUGAAAUGGCCUUUAAAAAUAUUUUCAUACCAGUUUUCAUUUGUUUGUCUUUCUGGCAUGCCUGUACUAUUAUUAAUGUUUAUAUUGUACCUUGAUUUGGAAAAGUAUUGGAGUCCAUCUGUAUCGAUAUAUUUAUAUAGUCCAUGUGGCACAUUUGAUUUUUCCACAUAUAUUUUGUGUUAAUGUUUAGGUGUAAUUUUUCUUAAAUUCCAGAAAAGACAUUAUUUCAGUUAUCAAAACCUAUUCCAUCAUUAGUGACUCUUUUUCAUUAUUUCAUUUAUUCUCAUCUAUCAGUAUUAUUUUUGAAUAUUUUGUGAAAUGUCAUUCACAGCUUAUGUAAAUGUGCUCUCUGUUCUGGUAGCCUGUAUUUGAGAUAAGCUGCUGAAAACAAAGUCUUUAUAUUCUUUGCCUAUUCCAAAGAGCUAAAAUGUCUAACCCAGGAAAGCUUUUGAUAUUUUGUUGUUGUUCUUAUCUUCUUAUAGUUAUUAUAGCUGUAUUGUUGUUUUACGUAAGAACUAUAGGGACUGUGAAUACAAACAGGAGAGCCACAAUAGAGAAGCUUAUUUAAUGCAGAACCAUUGGGGAGUUGACAUAAUCAGAAUAUCCAGGGUAGUAGAAAUAUAACUUGUUGCAUGUAAAAUUUCAGCCAGAAAAAGAGUGAGAUGAGGAGUAAGAGGGAUUUAGAAUCAUGCCUCAGCUACACAUUACACUGUAUACUACAGCUCAAAUUCAGAAUGGCAAUGAUAUGUCAUAGCAGGAUAUAGAUACUUGAGAGGGACCUGGCUUUCCUUUUUGAAAGAUAUUUUAUUAAAAACCUAAAACGUGGCUGUUGUGGGGUUAGCAGAUGAAAUAACUUGAAAUAAGCCAUCUAGUAUUCCUAAGCACUACAAUCUAACCAUUCUACUUAUGACAGAGAAAGGGGGGAAAUAUAAUAAUAGGAUCAUAUACCCAUAAUUUUGAGCUAUCAAAAUGUCCUUGUAAUUUUCACAACUGUUGUUCAUUGUUUGAGGAUGUUACCUACUAAACCGAAAGCGUUCAUUCCAUACCUACCACAUAUACACCAGCGACAGUAUCAAUGUAAGCCUAAAUUUGCAAAAUUCAUAUAAUUUAGUGAUGGGAUUUUUAAAUAACAUGCAGUAUAUAAAUGUGCAGAUUUUAUGCAAAUGUUGACAAAGUCAUUUUUCAGCUUGCAAAACAGGACUGCAAUAUUACAUUUUUUCACUUAAGCAAUUUUUUAUAUCUAUGUUGUUGCUUUCUAAAAUGAAUGUGAAUGCCAUCUUUUAUGAAUGCAACUUGCCUUUUUCAUUACAGAAUUUUUUGUUUUAUGUAAUCAAUAAACUUUGGUAUGAUAUGAUUGAUAUUUCAGCCUCUUUUUUGGGAAGCCUCAGUUUCAUAUCAGAAUAAUAUGGUAGCAAUUUGGUGAUAGGAAAUAAGUUUCUGAUUUCCUCUUGACCUAUACCAUUCACAAAAGGUUGACUAUUUCUAUGUGGGUUCAGCUGAUAUUUUGUGGCAAUACCUGAUGUGGGGAGGGUAAGAUAUUUGUGGGAGUUUUUAAUAAGUUGUUACUGCAUAGAUCCAGCCAAAUCAGCAAAUAUGUAUUAAAAGUCUACUGUGUAUUUGGCAAUGUGCUUGCUGCUGCCCACACAUCGGAGGUAGUGUGAUAUAUGGUGAAGGAGACGUCCCUAGGUCAGAUUGGCCGAGACCCAAAGCCAGCAGAACAGGAGCACAUUGCUUGUUCCCACAAUUAGCAGGACGUG